CCAAGGUGCGGGGGAAGAUGGCGGCGCUGGUGCAGUGCGUGGGCUGGGCCACGCGAACGUUGCUGCUGGUGAAGCGAGCUCCGGACCUCGACGCGCGGCGCUGGGUCCGGGCGCUGCGGCGGAGCCCGGUGAAAGUGCUGUUUCCAUCUGGUCAGGUCGUGGAGCGGAAGCCGGGGCCCGGGAAGCAGUCCCGGAAGGCGGCGGCGGAGGCCAGUUCCCGCGAGCAGCGACUGAAUCAGCCGCUUCAGGUUCCCGCAUCCCAGACACCCAGCACCUGGGAAGAGUCGGGGCUUCGCUACGAUAAGGCUGUCCCCGGGGACAAAAGGCUGAGUAGUGUGAUGACAAUAGUUAAAUCCAGGCCAUUUCGGGAAAAGCAAGGGAAGAUCCUGCUGGAAGGUCGUAGGCUGAUUGCAGACGCUCUCAAGGCUGGUGCUGUGCCAAAAAUUUUCUUCUUCAGCCGUCUAGAAUACAUAAAGGAGCUGCCCAUUGAGAAGCUUAAAGGUGUUAGCCUCAUUAAGGUGAAGUUUGAGGAUAUCAAGGAUUGGUCCGACCUAGUAACACCACAAGGAAUCAUGGGGAUUUUUGCCAAACCUGACCAUGCUAAGAUGACAUACCCAGAGACUCAGCUUCGCCACACACUGCCCUUACUGUUGAUUUGUGACAAUCUCCGUGACCCUGGGAACCUGGGGACAAUUCUGAGAUCUGCUGCUGGCGCAGGCUGCAGCAGAGUGUUACUCACCAAAGGCUGUGUGGAUGCCUGGGAGCCCAAGGUGCUGCGGGCGGGGAUGGGUGCGCAUUUCCAGGUGCCCAUCAUCAACAAUCUGGACUGGGAAACGGUGCCCAAGUACCUGCCCACCGACACCCGGGUCUACGUGGCUGACAACUGUGGCCUCUACGCACAGGCCCAGGCCCGGGCGUCUAAUAAGGCCAGUGACUACGGCUGGGUAUGUGACCGACGAGCCAAGCUUCACCAGUAUGAGGAGGAGGGAGAGGAUGUCGAAAGUGGAGCCUGUAAAGGCUGGCUCCCUGAACUCCAGGUCCAGACUUACGACGCGGACUGGACCGAGGGCCCCGCAGCUGUGGUGAUAGGCGGGGAGACCCACGGCGUGAGCCUCGAGUCCCUGCAGUUGGCCGAGAGCACGGGGGGCGGGAGGCUGCUGAUCCCCGUGGUGCCCGGCGUGGACAGCCUGAACUCGGCCAUGGCAGCGAGCAUCCUGCUCUUUGAAGGGAAGAGACAGCUGCGGGUGAGGGCGGAACACCUGAGCAGGGACAGGGGAUACCACUGAGGGGACGUGGGUGGCAGUCCUCAGUUGGAGGUUGUCUCUGUGGUUAUGGGAAAGGUAAGUACUUCGGGACUUUCUGCUUAGCCUCAGAAAUAACGGCGGCGGCGGCGGUUCUUCCAGAUGCCGUCCAGCCUCCCGCAGGCUCCCGUAGAUGCGUGUGUUUGUGUGUUGUGAGAGAGAAGCCUAAGUAAGUGGUUCACUAUGUGUGUGUUUUUAAAUUGUCCACCAAGGAGCAUUUUUAUGCCCAGAAAGUUCCUGAUGGCGUCGUGCUGGGCAGGGAGGACUCCUCCACCGGCUGAGGGUGUUUUGCUGUCGUGGAGCAGCGGUUCCAGGCCACGCUAGGUCACUCACUGCUCUGAUCACGGGUCAGUGGAAAAUAAACCUGGGUGAUGUGUAGACCAGCAGAUAACAUUUAAAAAGUUCCAUUUCCCUGGGGUCAGUGGGUCUUCAUGCCUGUCUUUUCCUCUCUGGCCCAGGGAUGAGGCCAUUGCUGAGACUAGUGACCCUGGAAGCUCGGGGCUGCAGGCGAGGUCUUGGUAGCCAGCUGUCCUUUUGGUUUGGCUGUGUUGGUCUCCGUGGUUGUUCAUUCCGGCCUUGAAUUAAACAGUUUAUGACAGGUUUUCCCCCAUUUCUGGCGAAACAGCUUACUUCAUGCAUCAAGUGGAAUUAUGCCUUCUUAGCACCUCCGCGGAUGUCCUUUUGAGGACUUUUGGUUCAGAAAAGGAGGAAACAGUUUUGAAAUUUUCAGCUUAACCCUCUGUCAGCAGAGCCGUACCGGUUUUCCUAACUUCCUGCUGUUAGUCCUACUUGACGUAACACUUCUGGUUAAACGGAAUGUCUGAUUUACUUUAUCUCCCCCCCCCCAAUAAACCGAACCACUUGGGUAAAUA